GUCGUCAGUUUUUCGUCUCGUCGUAUUUUGGAAUGUAGUUCGGAUUUCGUUCGCUCGCGGAGCAGAAAAGACUUUAGUGGCAGACGCAGUCUGAAAAUUUACAAACUAUUUCCCCCCGAUUCCUGGCCUGGUGGUGCCUCCAGAAUAGUAGCUAAAUUGUGAAGUGUGCUUGUGGUGAUCCGAAUCCGGAAUAUUCCUCCGUUCUAUUGCGGGAAAUUCGUAUCAAUAUUGUGGCUUCCCAGGAGCGUUGUUAGAAAGUGAUCCCCUGCAGCUGCUUCGGUGGUGUGAUUUUGUUCGGACCAAGCUUCCCGAAGAGAAGAGUGUAGUGUGUGAAAUCGAACUGUGCUGUGGUGUGGUGUGGUUGGUUACCAAUCGCGGAAGUGCCAUCGUUAAUUUUUUGGUUUUGAGAAGGGGAACAGAAGAAACCAUUCGGGAAAAAGUGGGAAGGAUGGUCCGGGAACCUCCUUCGCUGUACAGCUCCUGCCUGGUGGCGUACGUGCGGAACCUGAACUACAGCGUUUCCAGCAUGGACCGCACGGUGGUCGACCUGCGGAUGCUUCCGACGGCGAUUCUGGCCAGCGUCUACGAACAGAUGUGCGCUCACGACUCCCUCAAGGAAAUUCUCCUGGUGCAGCUGACCGACCUCAACACCUUCCAGAAAGUGAUCCGUCAGGCCUCCCUGAAGCAGAUCAUGUUCAAGUGCGUCCAAACCCUAAUGACGGCCCGACGUCCGGUCGUCACCGAACUUCGCACAAAGUUCUGUCGAACCACCAGCGUAUACUAUCUAGAAAAUGAGAACGUCUCCGCGGUGAAGGAAGCCCCUCUGGAGAAUUUUCUCGGAGCCCACGGUGAGGUUCCACACGAGGAACCAAUUGGCGCCGCCGCCGCCUCCGGUGCCGCUUGCCAGGACAAUCCAGAUCGCCAAUUUGUGGCGGCUUUUAUCGAGCAGGUCGACAACGGUAUCCGGUUGGGAUCGUUCCUGUGCGAGUCCGGCUGGUUGGAAGAGUCACUGCAUGUGUUCAACAGCACCCUGGCUAUGAUUCAGCUGCUGCGGGCGAGCUACUUGCGGUCGCUGAUAGAACUGAACUGUCUUCAGAAGUUAUUGUGUGCACAAACGGCCUUCUGUUGCUUCAAGGAAGCGAAUAUUACCUGCGCCCAGGCGUUGAACAUAAUAGAUAAGUUGACCCAGGAACAUCAACGGGAAAUAAGGCGGCUACAAAGAUCAGCACAUGUGAAUGGCGCCAGCAGCAGUGGCAGCAGUAGUAGUAGCAGCAACUGUGCUAGAAGAAAAUCCCAAAUUUGUUGCAGUGGGCGAGAAAGUGGGAACAGCAAAAACAGCUGCCUCGCUACUGGUGGCAGCACGUGCGCCCUGGCCGGCAGUGAUAACGAUAGGCUUAGUAACAUACCAAACAGUUUGCUCGCCAAUAUUUACCAGCAGAUUGCGGUGCUGCACUUCUACCGGAGCGAGUACGAUCUGAGCUACCGGUGGAGCAUCCGAGCGCUGAGGCAUAUCAGCAAGAAAACACCAGAUAAAAUCACCGUAGACGUCCUCCGGCAGGUGGCCAAGUCCUGCGUCGUCAAACGUCAAUUCCAACUAGCCAGUAUGCUGAUCAAACAGGCGGUCUGUCGGGCGCAGAACAGCUUCGGCACCAGCCAUCAAAAGUACGCCGAUGCCUUGCUAGACUACGGGUUCUUCCUGUUGAACGUGGACUCCAUAGCGAACAGCGUAGCGGUCUACAGGGAAGCGCACGAAAUUCUCUGCCGGAUCUUCGGACCCCGCAAUCUGCACGUGGCGGUGGCCCACGAAGAUCUGGCCUACUGUCUGUACGUUCUAGAGUACAGUUCCGGAAAGUUCAACUCGGCCACGGAAAAUGUGGAACAGGCAAUUGACAUCAUGAAAGAACUGGUGCCAUCCAAUCAUCUGAUGUUGGCCUCGGCCAAGCGAGUCAAGGCCUUGAUCCUGGAGGAGAUCGCCCUCGAUACGAUGGCCUCUACGGUCGACUAUAACAAAUGCAAGCGUUUGCUGUUGCAAUCGGAGAAGCUGCAUCAUUCCGCCUUGCGUCUUUCGCUGGAGGCCUUCGGAGAGAACAACGUUCAGACGGCGAAACACUACGGAAAUCUGGGCCGAUUGUACCAGUCGAUGUCCAAGUACGACGCAGCCGAACGAAUGCACAAGCGGGCGAUCAAGAUCAAAACGUCCAUUCUGGGACCGUACGACUACGAAGUGGGACUUUCGGUGGGACAUUUGGCGUCGCUCUACAACUACCACAUGAAGAAGCACCAGGAAGCGGAGGAUCUGUACCUGAAGAGCAUCGAUAUCAGUUUGCGGCUGUUUGGCGAGUCGUACUCCGGGCUGGAGUAUGACUACCGGGGGUUGAUCCACAUCUACGAUAUUACCGGCGACCACAGGCGGUACCAUCAGUACAUGACGAUCCUGGAGGAUUGGCGAAUGCAGCGGGAGGACAACCAGGCUGUGAAGAACAACUAUCUGGCAACGAACAGCGAGGACAUCACGAUGGAGGAAGUGACCCGGAAGUUUUUCGAAAUGUGCAGCAACUGCAUAACGGGAAGCGUUCCGCUCAGCGAAAGCGACGGCAGUAUCAACUACACCCUGCUGGAGGCGGACGGCGUUCGGCCCGAGUGUGUCUGCGGUAACGAUUGCGCCGGAGAUAGUAGUGACACCGCAUCUCCUCCGCAUGCUGUUGCGGAGGCCGUGGUUGUGGCACCGCCUGCUGCCGUUGCCGCAGCCCCCGCUGCAGACGAGGUUCUCAGAAGUGCUUAGGUAAUUCUCGAUUGCUUGGAUCGUUUCCGAAUGUUCCGAAAUUUAGUGGGAGGUAAGUUUCUUCUUUCUCUCGAUUCUGAGCAAGAAAAUCUCUCGAAAUGUUAAAUAACUCGACAACCGUCGAACGAUUUCAUCACAAUGUACUUAGAUAUUGAAGUUUCCGAUGGAUUCGUCCAUUGACGGCAGCACAAAGAACUCGAUGCAACUAUCUCCUAAAAUUUCGCGUAGAAAUCAUACAAACAGCGACUUUGUAGGAAACUGAGAACUCAACUGAUCAUUUUUAGAUUAUUUUCAUGUCGAAAGCACUGUGCUUCAACUUAAUUCUGAUUUUUGGUUGCAAUUCGCUUCAGCAAUAAUAUUUUUUGUUGCUUCGAUACGCUUGUGAUGAUGAUAAUGAUGACGACGAUCAAGAUUGAAAUAGAAACCUAUUACAUUACUCUGUAUUUGAUAUAAAUUUCUUUUGCGAAUUAUGCUAACCUACAAGUGAAAAAAUACAUCUGAAAGCAAACGUCAGUGAUCGUUAACAAAAUGCAGAAUUAUAUUAGUAAUAAUAGAUGCAAAUUUUAUUCAGUUGAAUAA